UGCAGCUGUACAUUUGUCUGAACGGUAGACAUAUAGACUACGUACGUUAUUUUAUCAGUUGCGGGUUACAAGAGAGGAUAUCCUCUGACUACAUUACUAGCUGCAGCUCAAGUAUUAAGAAGACAUGAAGGUAACGGUUAGUUCACCAACGGUUCACGCAGCGACCAUAGUUCUCGGAUGUAUCCUACUCCUAUCGGCAUUGGGGGAAGCAGGGGCCAGGAAGGUAUUGGUUUUGUCUAUGCAGUUCGGGAGCCACCUGAACGAGUUUGCUGCUAUCAGCCAGGGUUUACUUGAGAUGGGCCACACCGUCCACGUUGUAAUGGAUGAAAAUCUAAAGAAUCCAACUCAAUUCAAAGGUAUGGACGUUCAAUUUCUAUACUACAAAUCACCGAAUAAGUCGAUGGUAGACCAGAAACUUGUGGAUGAGCGAUGGACUGAGGUAUUCUUGAUCAAGCGACUCGGGAGAACGGAAGCGGUUAACACGUUGACCCAACCGCGAUUCACAUACGAUUGCAAGAUGGCACUGCACGACGCCGAUCUAAUAAAACGCCUGGAGGAAGAAAAAUACGACAUUGCUCUUGUAGACUUAGUCAUACCAUGUUAUUAUCUGUUGACGCACAAGAUCGGUGUUCCUACAGUCAGCCUCUCUACCUUUCAAUACACGUGGUUUGUCAAGACCCAUCCACUUGUGAACUUUUUUGCACCGUGUGGACUGGACGCAGAAACGAACACAUUUUUAACAAGACUAACAACUUUUUUUCUAGUGACCUUUUACGAGAGGUACAUAAUAGUAAGUACAUUUGUGGAUAUGCAACAGUUCACGGAAUAUGGCAGAGAAAAGCCUUAUUCCUCGUGGCAGGAUAUUGCUAUGAAAUCAAAACUAUUCAUCAUGAACAAAAAUGGCGUCAUUGAUUGCCCAACACCGUCCAUGCCGAAUCUGAUACAAGUCGGAGGCCUUACCACAAAACCUGCGAAACCACUGCCUGCUGAUUACCAGAAAUUCGUAGAUGAUUCGCAACAUGGCGUCAUAGUCCUUUCCUUUGGCUCAGCAGUAGCCUACAUACCAAAGGAAAUGUUCCUCAAGUUCCUAUCUGCAUUCGGAAACAUCAAACAACGCGUAAUCUGGCGAAUCACGAGAACUUACGACGAAACCAUCCCAGGGAACGUGAAAAUUGUCCAAUGGAUGCCACAGAACGACCUUCUAGCUCACCCCAAUGUUAAGUUGUUCAUAACACACUGCGGUGGCAAUGGACAGUUUGAAGCCGUUAACAACGGUGUCCCUAUGCUCGGUUUUCCUGUCUUCGCAGAACAGGAAUACAACGCCGAGCGUGCUGUCCACAAAGGGUACGGUCUUCAUAUGAACAUCCAUAACUUCACUUCAGAAGAACUCAUCAAGGCCAUCAACGAAAUCAUCCAGAAUCCAAAGUAUUCCGCGGCUAUCAAGAAGGCGUCAGCCAUCCAUAGGAGUCUGCCUGACCCCCGGAAGACCGGCGCAUUCUGGAUUGACCAUGUCAUGGAGCACGGGGAUGACCACUUGAGAACGUCCCUCAGUGAAAUGACAUACGUUCAGUAUUUCAUGAUAGAUAUAUUCGCCUUUCUUGCACUCUUGUUUCUCUUGAUCUUAUUCUUGUUGAAAAAGCUGGUUCAAUUUGCUAUCGUAAAAUUUGCGGGACAUCGUGAAGAUGUAGCUAAAAAAACCAAUUGAUUAUCCAUUCGCCUUUUGUGUCUGAGUUGAAGGUGAAGCACAUACAUGCAGCAUUUUUUAUGUACCCAUGACCACAAAUUCGACUGUACAUGCUCAAAUAUUACACUCUAAAUGUAUGUAUAUUGUCAGAAUAUAUCCGCGUACAGUGAAAGGCAAAUAUGAUGUAGUUAGGCUGAACGGGUGGAUGUCGUCCUGGGUGCCGACAAAUGGUACCCAGGUUCGCGAUCGACUGGACAAUAAGCACUCUGGGUGCCAUUACACUAGACAAACAGCACCCAGCUUCUUUUUGCCUGGCUAACAGAUCUUAGGGACGAGGACGUUUCUUGCAAUCUCGUUUUAUCUCGCGCCGUGGUACUUGCGGCAUUAGCAGUGCGCGAAAUAACAAGAACCGAUAAACAGAAAAAAACGCGUUUAGGCCUAUAGGUCUUUGAAAGCACAUUUCGGAUGAUUUAUUCAGAAAAGGUAUGUAGGAGGGAUAUAUUCAGAGAAUGAAAAAAGAGAUGAAAGAAAUGUUUUUAGAGCGCGGUUGGAAACGGAGAUGGGGCCAACCUCGGUCGUACGUAUAGAAAAGUGUAGAAGAAGAAGCUGGGUGCUGUUUGUCUAGUGUAAUGGCACCCAGGGUGCUUAUUGUCCAGUCGAUCUCGAACCUGGGUACCAUUUGUCGGCACCCAGGACGACAUCCACCCUUUCAGCUGUAGUUAGGCGUAGAACAAUCAGAUGCACCAGUAAGCAGUGGAUUAUAUCAUACAAGUACAUGUAUAUAGAUAUGCGAUAUAAAUACUUUUUUCUAGGUUCUGUGAUUUUUAGGAAUAUGAACAUUAGUCUUGCGCGAGUGUGUACUUCACUUCUGUGAUUUUUAGGAAUAUGAAGCUUAGUCUUGCGCUAGUAUGUACUGCACACUCUUAACGGCCUAUGCUUAUGCACAGAGGAUUACUGUUCAAAGGAAUUUAUCAUAUUAAACUUGUUAAAAAAAAUUCUGUCCUAAUAUUCCAUGGGUGACAAUACGACAGUCAUUCGUUCUUCGAAAAGCAAAUAUUUGUCAUGCGAUAAUCGUAUACGGUAAUACUGAUUUAAUGUAAGCUCACAAGAUGUAUGAUUUUUUUUCAAAACCAUUGUAGAAGCGGAACAACUUUAGAAUGGCAAAGCCAUCUAUAGUAAUAGCCAAAAUUAAUGUCUUUUAUUUAUAUGAUCACUUUCACACGACACUUAUUUUUAAAAUAAUUAUAGUAGUAGUAGUA